UCCAUCAGUGACCCGCCGGUCGAUCGGAGACGCAUUUGUUCACCCUACACUACAGCCCCGAGUACAGUCCAGUCCAGUCUCUCUGACCCAACUGGCGGACGUGGGUGUGUGUGCGUGUCUCUACCCGACCGACGUCUCGUCAUGUUCACUCAUUCAGUUCCAUCCUGCCUAAUAACAGAAACAUGCGCAACACUAUUUGACUGUACAUUACGCUACACUACACCAGACGAUACCACUACACACCCACACCCACACUCACACUCACACACACAUCCAACUCGUUUCCCUCUCACUUUACAAUACCCACAUAACCCUCCUACAUCUGUCCACACCAUCGCCUCAUCAUCAUUCUUUUUCUGGACCCGCUGUGCCAAGCUUCGAUUGAUUCUCUUUAUCUAUCUACGCUACGCCCCGCCCUCCAACCUCACCUAUCAAAGUGUGACUAUCCGACCGGCUUAGACAUCACUUCCUGACGACCUCACCUACUACAUCCCGACAACUCCGACGACUUUCCAUGCGGUCUGUUUGAUCUCUGCCUUUUCAACAACAACCCGUUUCGACUUUCACCUUCAUUUUCAACCAGAAUUGCCGUUUGGA